AUUUUAAUAAUAUUUUGGCAAAUUGAUGGAAAUGACUUGAAAAAAAGAUUUGUUCAUCUCAACGAAUGAGACUCAAAGGUCCAAAUCAGUAAUAUGAUCUGAACUUCCCAUCACUAAGAGCGAGUGAGAGACCGUAAGUUGUACUUAUAAAUUUGUGAAGCAUAUAUAAAGCACAGAUAUUCAGAUUAUAUUAGAUAAAGUAAUAUGUAAAUGUAGUUUAUAUUUUUUAUUUAUAAAAUAUUGCCGAAAACGUUAUUUAAUCCUGUCAAAUUAAUAUAAAUAGUUCCUAUUAGGUUUAAAAUAGUCUUAAUUUCAAAGCAUAUAUUAUUACUAACUAUAUUACAUUAUUUGUGGACUCCUCUGUAUACAUCAAUAUCAUAUAUUGAUAUUGAUAUCAUUGUCUGCUCCCAAACAUGUUUCAUGUUAAAAUAUGGGGGCAUAAACUUGAAAAAUGUUUAAAAAAUUUUAAAUGUGAAGCUUUUUCAAAUAUAUUUUUUGUAAGAAUUAUAUUUUAUUUAAAGUUGUGAUUUAACAAUACAAGGUUAUAACUGAUUAUUUCUGUUUUCAGGAUGAUCUCCUCAAGACUUCAUGCAGUGUAAAAACUGCAAAUUCAGCACUUCAAGUGAAGAUGUCCUUCUGAAGCACUAUCAGCUACAUCAUCAUAGAAUUUCCAACUGGCCCUGUCUUUACACGGAGUGUGUUUGUGCUUUUAAAACUGCAGGUGCUUUACGAUCCCACUUAUCUAAAUCACACCACAACACUGAUAGAGUCAGUCGAGAUCUUUCAACUUUUAAUUGUGGACUAUGUGAAUUUCAUGAGAUUUGUACUGAAAAAAGAUUUUUUCUUCACCUACAAAAUCAUCUGAAACGUAAAGAAACAAUUCAGUGUCCCUUUAAAGGAUGUGGAUUUAAAACAAACAACCGCCCAACCUUUAGCUCGCAUAGAAGCAGAAAUCAUAGAAAUCAAACCUUAAGUGACAGACAGUCUCAGAUAGUUUCAGAUAGUCUCGGAGUCUCAGAAGUUCUUUGUACAACACAGAAUAUAAGUGAAUUUGAUGAAGAGGAUAUAAUAGAGUCUGUUGAAGAUGUAAAUGUUCAUACACUUGAACGCAAGAUCGCCUCACUUUUAUUGUGUAUGCAAACUGUUUUGCAUGUCUCAAAAAGUGCUACUCAGACAAUUUUUGAGGAACUUAAAAGUAUUUUGUUGUUCUCAAAAUCUCAUGCUCUUCAUACAAUAGAAACAAUUGUAACAAAGCACAAUAUUAACAUUGAAAGUGUUGUAAUCAAGGAAAUUGCAGAUUCUGUUUGUCUAACAAAUCCACUUUUUGCAUCAAUUUCUGAAAAGGGCACUUUGUCUACUGACUAUAAACGAAAUCAAUAUUUCAAAAGGAACUUUUUUGUAAUCGAACCUACUGAAUAUCUUUAUGAGCAUUCUCAUAAAGAAGUGUUUGUUCAUGUUCCAGUCAUUCGGUUGCUUGAAACCUUGUUAAAUCAAGACAGCUUUUUAAAUAACAUUGAAUUUACACAUAAACAUCUCCCUGGACAAUACAGCUCAUUUAAAGAUGGAAAGUACUACAGGGAAAGUGGAUUUGUUACAGAAGAUGAUGUUAAACUAAGUUUAGCCUUUUAUGUGGAUGAGUUUGAAAUUUGCAACCCUCUUGGAACAUCUCGAAAAAUCCAUAAAAUCACUGCUGUGUACUGGGUGGUCUUAAAUUUACCUGCAAAUUUAAGAUCUACUUUAUCAUCAAUCCAGUUAGCUGUUUUAGGAAAAAGUAUUGAUGUUAAAAAAUUUGGAUUUGACAAAUUUCUUGAACCUUUGAUAAAAGAGUUAAAAUCUCUGGAGCAUGAAGGUUUGUUUGUGGAAGCUUUAGGACAUUAUAUAAAACCAACUGUAUUCUGUGUGUGUGCCGAUAAUCUUGGAGCACAUGGUCUUGCUGGUUUUCAGGAAAAUUUUAAUGUAGAAAAAUUCUGUCGAUUCUGUUUGAUUAGUCGUGAUCAGAUUUCAACUGUAAAACCAUGUGACUUUCCUUUGAGAACUGUGGAUCAACAUGAUUUAUUUGUAGAACAGCUUAAGCAGAGUGCUGUUCAGAGUGUUAAUGGUAUAAAGAGUGAGUGUGCAUUGAGCAAACACUUAAGAUACUUUCAUCCUGUAACUGGAUUUCCCCCGGACAUUUUACAUGAUUUCUUUGAAGGGGUCAUCCCUGUGGAGUUAUCUUUGUGCCUCAGAGACUUAAUUUCCAAAGGUUUCAUUACUCUUGAAGGAGUAAAUCACUCCAUUAGAACAUUUCCUUACAAGUACUCUGACAGGGUCAACAAACCAAAGACAAUUCUAAAAACAAGUCUUGCUAAAGGAUCAAUCGGAGGAAAUGGACACGAAAAUUGGACGUUAUUGCGCUUACUUCCUCUGAUGAUUGGGGAUCGUAUCCCAGAGCAUGAGCCAUCAUGGGACAUAUUAAUGGACCUAAAAGAAAUAGUUGAGAUUGUUUUGUCAAACAGUCUCUCUGAUGAAACUCUGUGUUACUUGUCAUUUAAAUUUUCUGACCACCGCUUGCUUCUUACUUCCACUUUUCCGGACUAUGCAUUAAAGCCUAAGCAUCACUUUAUCGAACACUACCCAGAACUAACUAAAUGUUUUGGACCUUUAGUGACUUUGUGGACCAUGCGCUUUGAGUCUAAGCACUCUUUCUUCAAGAAGGUUGCACGUGAUGCCCACAACAUGAAAAAUGUACUUCUCACUCUUUCCAUGAAACAUCAACAGAUGAUUGCAUACCAUUUGGAUGCACAAAGCCUUUUAAAGUCAGACUUGCAUGUUGAAAAGUUGGAUGUGGUUAGCAUAUCAUUGUUGGAUGCAACCCUGAGGCAUGCUGUACAAACAAAGUUCCCACAGUUGCACACUGUGUCACUGUCCAGAGACGUUUGUCUUCAUGGAACUAGAUAUGCCAAGAACAUGAUCAUAUCGGCAGGACACUGCAAUGGACAGCCUGAGUUCUUCAGAAUAGAAAGCAUGUUGAUCCAUUCUGCCAAAGUGUUCUUUAUAACAAAAAGGGUUUCUGCCUGGUAUUUAGAACAUUUGAGAUCUUAUGAACUUGUUGAAAGCCACUAUACUGACAUGGUUAUCUUUGACUCUGGUGACCUAAAUGGCUAUCACCCAUUAAUUCCAUACAGUGUGGGAUCAAAAGUGUUCGUGACCCUGAGGACCUAUUUGCAGCAUUAAAUGUCCUUUACAAUGCCUUUGCUACUACGAGUCAUCAUUUCCUCCACUGAAGCCCGGCGAGUCCAGCUUCCUGAAGUGCCUGAAUCAGUGGAAUCUCUCAUCACUAUUCUUCAAGAGAAGCUGCAAUUACAAGGACAGUUUUCUCUUAAGUUUGAGGAUGCUGAUUUUGGCAAUGCACUUUGCAACCUGUCUGACAUCUCAGAAUUGCCCAGUGGAAAAGCAGUCUUGCAUAUUCAGUGGUGCAAGUCAUCAGCUUAUGAAAGCAGUAGCCUUCCAUCAGUUUCAUCACUUGAUACUGCUAGUCUCGACUCUGAAGAAUCCUUGCCAAGCACUUCAGGCUCUGUGCAAAACUAUUUACGUACUGCCUCAGAAUGGCCCUCGCCAUUCCCCAUACCAGCGCUGUCAUUUGAUGUGGAGCUAAAACUAAGAC